GGGUGAAGAAAUAUCUUUUCUAUCUAAUUGCUAAAAGGAAAAGCAUCAAACUUUGUUUUCAUUUGCUUCUUCUAUCUUCUUCUUUCUCUUCUUCUAGCUUUGAUACUUUUUGAUUCCUCUGUUUCGUUUGAUGAGAAUUAGAUUUUAAAUGGCAAAAGUUUCGUUUAAGGAUUCGCUGAAAGCUCUUGAAGCUGAUAUUCAACACGCUAACACUGUAGCUUUAGAUUAUCCUCGGGAGAAGGAUGGAGCGCGUGUUCAAAUGAGGCUAUCUUACAAUCCGGCUGCUCAGUUUUUACUUUUUCUUGUACAAUGGACUGAUUGCCAUCUUGCCGGUACCCUCGGUUUGCUUAGAGUUCUUAUUUACAUGACAUAUGCGGAUGGGAAAACCACAAUGUCGGUUUAUGAGAGAAAAACCAGUAUUAAAGAUUUCUAUGCUGUGAUAUUUCCGUCGCUUUUACAACUAGAAAGGGGUAUCACAGACCUGGAUGACCGCAAACAGAAAGAGGUCUGCAAAAUACGGUACAGAAAUAAAGAUGAGACUGAAAAAGUCAAGCUCUCUGAGAUUGACAUCGAGAGAGAAGAAGAAUGCGGAAUUUGCAUGGAGAUGAACAACAUGGUGGUUCUACCCAAUUGUACCCAUUCUUUAUGCAUCAAGUGUUACCGCGAUUGGCAUGGGAGGUCAGAAUCAUGCCCUUUUUGCCGAGACAGUCUUAAGAGAGUAAACUCAGGAGACUUAUGGAUGUUAAUGGAGAAAUCAGAUACGGUCAAUAUGUAUACAAUUGAGCGGGAGAAUAAGAAGAGGCUGUUUGUGUACAUAGAGAAACUACCUCUAGUGGUUCCAGAUCAAGUGUUUGCGUCUUCUCCUUACGAUUGCCAUGUCAAGUAAAUAAGAAGAAGAAGAGCUUUGGCAAAAGCCGAAACCGGGUCUGGUAAACUUUUAUCUGAAUGUAUGUAUAUAAUGUUUUAGAGUAGUAGUAAGUAAUAUAGUGUAAACAUUUCU